UAAAACUGGAGAUUUUUUCAGUGGGCUAUGAGGUUCUUCUGGUACUUUUGAAGGUACAGAAAUAAAAGGACGAGGGUCGGAAUUGACAGGGUGACAUAGUCAGCAGCAUGAAGAGGGCAGAAGGUUCUUUUGAAACUCUGUCGAGGCACGAGGUGCCUAAAGAGUUCCGAGAAGAGCAUGUACUGAUGGGAUUCAGACCGGUGAACAGACCUCUGACCUACUAUUUAUGCACUAUGUUCACGAUGCACAACGAGGUCGUGAAUGUGUGGACACAUAUCAUUCCGUUUGGCCUCAUGCUCAGAGUUUUCUUGAUGAUUGUCAAAGAAGAUCAAGAGUUAACCAAGCAGAACCUGUCAAAAGAUGACCAAGACUCGACCUCAGUCGGAACCGGAACCACAACAGAAAGCCCAAACCGAACCUUCUACCUCUUCAUGUGCACUGUGCUGGCAUAUCUCUUAGUUAGUGCACUUGCCCAUUUGAUGCACAGUGCAUCCAAGAGCGUGCACUACCUGGCAUUCUAUUGCGACUUCGCAACCAUAGCCUUCUAUUCGUUCCUUAGCGCAGUCGCCUUUUACGUGUACUCGGCAACGCCUGCCUUCUUCGCUCGGUUCAACUGGUGCUACGUAUAUGUCGCCUGGACUCUUGCCCUAUCUAUCCCUUAUGCCUGCUGCUUUGCGAAGUUCAAGUUCACUCGACCUUAUCCUCCCGAAAAGAAACUGUAUAUUUUGGGAACAAUAGGAACCCUCUACCUAUGGAACAUCUAUCCCGUUGUAGACAGAAUAGCUAAUGGCGACCUACAGGAUAAUACUUAUCACUAUCUGCACCUAGCGGCUUUCCUGUCUGCUGUCUUUUUCUACUCGAGUGGCUGGCCACAGAAGUCCUUCCCCGGACUGUGCGACCACUUCUUCCACGGUCACCAGAUAUUCCACGUGCUAAUUGCCAUCACCACAUAUUACCAAGUGCUGGCCAUAAGGUACGACAUGAAAAACUACGUCAAUGAUGACAGUAACUCGGAUAAAGCAAAGGGAUCUGGAAAUCAGAGAACUGACUGCUGGUCGGAAGUAUCGUCGCUUUUCGCAAUUCAUGCUUUAUUUUCUCUUCUGGUUAUUCGACAUUUCUACAAAAAGAUUCAAAAAGUUCUGGCGGAGCAAAAGAUGCAGUGAAUUUGUAUGUAUGGGAACUUACCUGUCUGAGAAGCGCAAAUCUCCUCCUUUUUAUUUAAUAACUGUUUGUUGUUGCCUAUCAAAUUGUUUUUUCUUAAUGAAAUCCGGAGUUUUUAUUUCUAGAUUCAGGUUUAAUGUAAUCGCAUUAAUACAACUAAUCGCUGUCUAAAUUCUAUUCAUUAAAUUGUCGCGAAUCAUUUGAAUUUUUUCUGUGCUAUAAUCAAAAUACGAAAUCUAUUCCUGUCUAAAUAUCUUUGCCCUUUGAAUGUUUUAUUUCCCACGAUACAAUAAUGGUGUCUAUGGUCAGCAGUGAUAUCCAACAAAGUGGAAAAUAAAUAUGAGCACAAUUUGCUCUUUAAAGUUCCAUCAAAUAUAUUAUUAUGGGUUUUUUGACGUCGUCUUCUGUAAAAAAAAAAACAGCUUGUCAUCGAAACUAUUCACUCCUGAGGUCUAAAUUAUUGGUUUUAGCCUUGCAGUCGGAAAUCAGUUUGUUCAAUAUAACGAUUUUGUUGUUAUAAACAUAGUAUUCUAUUUCACUCACAAAGUGCUCCUGUCCUGUGUACAUCCAAGCUAUAUAAAUAACAUAAUAUUAUGUUAAAUACUCAGUGCUACUUUUCACUCUUCAAGCAAAAUUACAAUUUAAUUAUAAAAUGUGGCAUAUAAUUUAACCCAGAAAAGCGCAUUUCCAAUUUGCUGCUAAAAACGACAUCCGAAACAAUUUUGCUAGCUAUAUCUGCUGUAAUAGGAAAUGGG